UCAUACUAAUCAGUUCGAGUGUAUUGCUCAUGUCGAUUUCUUCGAAUUUCAUAAAAUAUUCGAAGAAUUUUGCAAUUCAGCAGCAAAAUGGUGGCACGAUAUAUUUUUAAGAAAUCGAUCGUAAUCGUUUUACUCUGUUUGAUUCCAUUUACGAUCUGUUCUUGCGAGGCAGGAAGUCAAACGGUUUUGUCUACAAACGAUUUGAAUGAAAGAUACGGCCAAGCAAACCGAACAUACAACGAUGGAAUCAGUUGUUACCGUGACUGCGAUGGCACACCAAAAAAUUGUUACUUCAAAUUUAUGGUAGAAACCUAUGACACAAUGUCUAAAUUAUGUGGUGAUUGUGUGAAUGGUAUAUUAAGUGAUUGUUUCAAUCCUGGUUGUGUAACUGCAAACGGUGUUGAACGUAAUAUAAUGACAGUAAAUCGCGAAUUACCAGGAACACCAAUCAAUGUUUGCAAAGAUGAUCGUGUCAUUAUCGAUGUGACAAAUCAUUUGCCCGGAGCUGAAUUGUCAAUUCAUUGGCACGGAGUUUAUCAAACAGAAACACCGUGGAUGGAUGGUGUGCCAAUGGUAACACAAUGCCCAAUCCCAUCAGGAACUACAUUCCGCUACGAUUUCCAUGUACGUGAAUCAGGUACUCAUUACUAUCACGCACAUUCAGGCGUGCACAGAACCAAUGGUCUCACCGGAACAAUGAACGUUCGCCAACCAGAUGAUACAAAUGCAGAAUUUUACGAUUACGAUAGAGCAGAACAUUCGAUUUUAUUGGCUGAUUGGUAUAACUUUUUGGCGGAGGAUUUUUCGCCAGGAAUUCAAAGUAGGCCAUUACAACCCGAUAGUAUUUUAAUCAAUGGACGUGGAAGUUUUAACAAUUCUGAAUUCGGAAAUUUCACCUAUGCUCCAUUGGAAGUAUUUUAUGUUGAGAGAGGAAAACGACACCUGUUCCGUAUUGAUAAUGCCGCAUCACAUAACUGUCCCUUUGAAUUUAGUAUUGAGGAUCAUAAAUUGACAGUGACUGCAACAGAUGGUUAUCCGAUUCGGCCAGUAACUGUGGACCGUGUUGUUUCACAAGCAGGAGAGCGAUAUGAUGUUGUUAUUGAUGCAAUAAAUGAUGCAAAUAUAAAACAAAAAUUAAUUCGAGUUCGUGCUUUGGGCACUUGUGCUACUCUUCAGUUACAAGAAUUCGCUAGAAUCGUUUUUGUAAACAAUUUGGAUAAAUAUUUUGUUCGGGAAGCAAACCAAGAACCAUUGAAUACAAGACCGAGCUAUAAUUCACUGGACGACCCCACAGCAGCUUAUUUGAAUCAUCCGCAAACAGAUUGCACUGAUAAAACUUCAAAUAGUCUUUGCGUUGCAGCCUUACAGCAAAAAGACAUAUCAAGUCCCACUGGAGGGAACUUAAGAUUUGAAAACAUCGCAAAUGGUUUUCCAUUUGAAUUCCGAAACAUAAUUGGUCAAGAAAGACCAAGCGUUUACUUGACUGCUGGUAACGUGACCAUGGUAUCAACGAUAAAUAAUAUUUCGAGUGUUCAUCCGCCAUUCUCAAUUCUAACUCAAGAUGAUUCUAGCCUCAAAUAUUGUAAUGCUGAUAAUUUACCGUCAAAUUGUGAACCUGGAAAGGUGUGCUAUUGCACUCACUUAACCAAACUUGAACUUUGCAAAGUCUAUGAAUUCUUCUUGUAUGAUUUGGCCGGUCAACCAGGAGGGCCGAUAAGUCAUCCAAUUCAUUUGCAUGGUUACGGAUUUCAAGUAGUCGAUAUGGGAACCUUGAACCAAUAUAAAUCUAGAACAACAGCAUUCGCAGAUUCUCAAUAUCUACCUCCAGUCAAGGAUACAGUAAGUAUUCCAAGCGGAGGAUUCGUUCGAUUACGGUUUAAAUCGUGUAAUCCGGGCUAUUGGUAUUUCCAUUGCCACUUUGAAUUUCACAUGCACACGGGCAUGAUGGCCAUCUUUAAAGUUGGCGAAAGAGAAGACAUGGUACCACCACCACCGAAUUUUCCAACUUGUGGAAACUUUAUGCCUUCUGUCGAUACUUGUACAGUCUAGACCUUUUAUAAUAAUUAAAAGUCGAAACUUCAUCCAAAAAUGUGUUGACCAAGUAAUAAAUAACAAUGACUGAACAA